CGCCCCAAUAUCGCGCCCGUCUCCAUGUGCAGAGACGGAAGGGGAGGGCGGGCAGCGCCUCGUCGGGAGGGGCUCGCGGCAGCGCGGGCUGUUCGCUCAUUUCCUGAGGGGUGGGGGUCCGUUCGGUGCUCGGAGGGGGAGAGAGAAGGGUGGGCUUGCUCUUGCCGGCGAGAGACGCCCCCCCCCAUCCUCCUCACGGAAGAGUCUCGAGCUCUCAGCUGCGGAGGAGGCGCCGUGAUCAUCAUUUGGAACAGCUGCCUGGCUUCCUUCAAACUCGCCACUGUCAUGAGAUGGCUGUUCAUACACCAAAUAUAAAUUGAGGCUCCAGAACGUGGGAUAACCUUCUGGAAGCCGGCUGAACUAUGACCACCAAGGAAGGUGACUCAUCAGCUACUUGGGUUCUCCGCUUCCCUUCCCCAUUAGAACCAGGGGUCCAAAUCAGUGUCGAAAUGGAGGAGACCUCGCCUCCCAUUGGGACCAUCAAGGAGAUCCUCAAGCGCUCUCGCUCCCGCAAGGACCGGAUGGAUCCGCAUGAAGCUGUUGUGAAGCCUCAGUGUUGGGAAGUCCGGCAACAGGUGAUUCUCCCCACUCCAGAAGAGGAGGCAUCUAAGGCAGAUGCACCUAAGGUGAUGCUGGAGGAUAAAAUUGAGACUUGUGUGGUCUCUUUUGAAAACACCUCUGACCCCAAAGAAGAGAGAGGGACCAAAACGGAAGUGAUGGUUGGCCCGGAUUGCGUGAUUACUAUCGAAGAGGAGGAGGUUGACCCUGAAAAGCAGGAGUCGCCAGAACCUGAGUUUGUGUCAGAUGAUGAUGACAUUGAGGCCUGUGUGGUGUCUUCUGGAAAAGGUUCUCAAGAGGAAGAGGAGACCCAGCCUAAGAUCAUAGAUGGAGGGAGCGUUGAGGAUUUCGUUGAGUCUCUUGAACACACAGGUCUCCCUAGAGUAGAAAGGGCCACCCAGACCGAACCGACACAGAGGGACAGUGCUGAGAGCUGCAAGGCCUCUAUCCAGAAGGCAGCCAACUCCAAAGAGGAAGAGUUAAUGGAAUCUGAGGUGGCAUCUAAGGAGGGUGGCAAGGCCAGUCGGGCUUCUCCAGAGAAACUAGACGACCCUAAAGGAGGAGGAGGAGAAGAAACACAAGAGGCUUGCAACAGCCCAGAACGUCAGGGGGUCAUCUUGGGAGAAGGUGGUAUCGCCAUGGAGACUGCCCGCCAGGGUUUCCGGUGGUUUCGCUACCAGGAAGCUGAGGACCCGCGGAAAGCUUACGGGCAGCUGUGGGAACUUUGCCGCCUUUGGCUGAAGCCGGAGAGCCGCAGCAAGGAGCAGAUUCUGGAGCUGCUGGUCCUGGAGCAAUUCCUGGCCAUUUUGCCUCAGGAAAUUCAGAGCUGGGUGUGGCAGCAGCACCCAGAGACGUGUGCGCAGGCCGUGGACCUGGUGGAAAACUUCCUGACAGGCCUUUCUCUGCUUCAGAGACAUGGGGAAAAGGCACUGGUGACCUUUGAAGAGGUGGGUGUGUAUUUUUUUGAGGAAGAAUGGAGAUUCCUGGAUGAAACUCAGAGGCAGAUCUACCGGGAGGUCAUGCUAGAGAAUUAUGAGAAUGUCCGGUCACUGGGAUUUCCAACUCGCAAACCAGAUCUGAUCUCCAAGAUGGAAAGUAGCAAGAACCCGGUUCCAUGUUUCCAAGAUCUCCAGGAGUCAAAAAAAGGAGUCCCACCAAGAGACGCUGAAGAUGCUGAGCUCUCGAGCGAGUCUGACUGUGAGGAGCUGUUGCCCUGGAAGGAACAGAAAGCAGCGGACAUCCCUCCGGUUGUGCCGAGAACCAGAAGCGGUCUCAGAAGCGCGGACAGGGCUGUCAAAAGCAGCCCUCCCAGCACGGACAGCAGCAAGCCCCGCUGGCAUCGGACAGAGCCACGAUUCACGUGCCCCGACUGCGGCAAGACGUUCCGUUGGCAAUCCGCUUUGGCUCGGCACCAGCUCUCGCACGCUAGGGACAAGCCGUACCGGUGCUCAAACUGCCCCAAGAGCUUCGCCCAGCGCUCAAAGCUGGCCCAGCACCGCUGCCUCCACCCCGGGGACCCCUCCUGCAAGUGCCCCGAGUGCGGGAAGCGCUUCUGUGACCGCUACAAGCUGGCCCGCCACCUGAAGACCCACUCGGGCAAGGGGCCGUACCGCUGCGAUGUGUGUGGGCGCAGCUUCUGCCUCAGCUCCAACCUGCGGCAGCACCGCUGCGUGCACACAGGUGAGCGCCCCCACAGCUGCCCCGAGUGCGGGAGGGACUUCAGCCGACGCUCCAACCUCAUCCAGCACCUCCGGGUGCACCAGCUGCAGUGGCAGCAGCAAGGAGGGCCCAGCGGGGAACUCCGUGUGGGAGAUGCCGAGCUCGGACCAGGCUCGGACCUCUGUGAGGAGGAUUGGAAAUACGAGUGGAUUGCGGACGGGCAGGGUGGCGAGCAGGCAGAUGACGUACUCCGUGCUGGAAAUGGCGAGGGCAACCCACGCUCGGAGCUCCAGGAGGACAAGGAGACCCUAGAGCUCCGUGUUGGGGAUUCUGAGCAUGGGUGGGACGCGGAGCUCCACAGCGGCAAAAUUAUGGUGCUCCAGCCUGGGGCCCCUGGGCACCAGCAGAGCUUGGAACUGUGUGCUGGAAACCGCGAGAGCGAGGAAAUAGUGGAGCUGCGCGUAGGGGAUGGUGAGGAGCCCAGAUGGAUUGAGGAGGAGGAAGAUGCCGAUUGUCUGCUUGUCAGCGACGGAGGGCCCCUCUGCUCUGACAGCCGGGAGAGCUAUGCCUGUCAGGACCUGCAACCCACCAACCAAACCUCGCUGGAAGGGAGUGAGGUCCCCCAGUGCACUGACUGUGGGCGGACGUUCACCUGCAACUCCAGCCUUUCCCGCCACCAGCGGAUCCAUGCCACGCAGCACCACCACCCGCUGCCCAGCCUGCUGACCCUGCACCAGCUCACGCACGCCUUGGGGCAGCGCCCCGACUGCCCCAAGAGCUUCAGCCACCGAUCCAAGCUGCUGCGCCACCAGAUCGUGCACACGGGCCAGCGCUCUUUCCAGUGCGGCGAGUGUGGGAAAAACUACAGGGACCGUUCGACGCUCCGCCGGCACCAGCGCUUCCACAGCAAGCCGGAGGCCUUGGGCCUGGCUCCCGUGCGGGAUGCCUCUCCUUACUCGCGUGACCCCGUGGUGAUGAUUUUAUGAGCGGGAACGCCAUGCAAAUUCCACUGUGGGAAGCGACCGCUUUCUGAUGGGACCCUAGAUUUUGAUGAGCCGCUUUUGCAUUAGCUGGUUGAGCAGUUUGUUCUGACCAUGAUCUUGAGGGCGGUGACUGCUGGAAAAUUCCAGCUUGGAGUUAUUUGGAGAAAGGGUUGGGAAAAGAAGGGGUGCACGCCGUUGCGAAUGGGCGGCUGUGAGCCCAGAGAUCAAAUAGCCCCCGCUUGCAAAUAUUCAGGGUCGUAGCUUACUCUUAAAGAUUUGUUCAAGCCUACAUCCAGAAAGGGGACUUGGGAUUUCAAGGGGAGCCAUAUAAGGGGAGCUUACAGUCUUUAGGUUUCUGCUCGGUGUCAUAGGGCACCUCAAACAAUGAGUGUUAUAAACAGAUAAAAGCUUAGAACAACCCAAGGGACAAGCUAGCGCUUCCCACUUGCUGGAACAAAGCAACUUCCUGGUGCCGGUCACUUUGGAACAGGUAUUCAGGAGCUAGAGCAGGCAUAGGCAAACUCAGCCCUCCACAAGUUUUGGGACUACAACUCCCAUCACCCCUGACCACUGGUCCUGUUAGCUAGGGAUGAUGGGAGUUGUAGUCUCAAAACAUCUGGAGGGCCGAGUUUGCCUAUGCCUGACUAUAGAGGGUUCAUCUCCAGGGCCACAACCAUGGUCCCCAUCCUAAGGACCAAUGACAUGGCAAGCCUGUUUCUGGACUGUACCAUAUCGGCCUGCAAGAUGCUUGUGUGUGUUUAAAUCUUUCAGUAUUUGGUGGAGGCGAAUCUCUUGCACACAGAAAGCCAGCAGGGCGGAGGGCUGGGGGCAGGGAGCAUUGUUUUAGAACCUUUCUCCCUGACAUGCCGGGGAAUUGUGUUAUUUUACUCCCUACAGGGAGCUGUGUAACCCUUCCAGCAGUCUGAAGUGGUACAGCCCAGAAACAGAACUCCCAAAUUUAAGAGUUCUAAGGGUUCAGGAUCAACACAAUGCCUCUUUUAUUGGAGGUUCAACCAGUCACUUCCUGGCUGUAAUUUUUCACCCUCCAGCUUACCUCCAAGGCUCUCUCCUCAGUUCUCAAGCAUGGUCCGUUGCAGUGACUUGGUUGAGAGAUGGCUAAUGGCAGCGUCUUGUACAUGUUAAGUUUUUUUAUCUGCUGUGAACUCUCCGCCGUGGUUUUCCAUUGGGCAGGGAAGGUGGCAAUACCUACUGGGAGAUUCAGCAUCAUGGGGAGAUUUUUGCGCUGCUUGAUUGUACAUUUGGAAAAUAAAAUAUAUUUUCCUUUUUUUGUUUC